AUGAACAUUAUCUCAUCAUUCUUCCGAUUGUUAUUGAUUACUCUUUUUGCAUUAACAAUGAUUGAAGCUUGUGCUCCUGGUGGAGGAAAAUCGAGUGGAGGUGGCGGAGGUAGCUCAUCCGAUAGUUCGGAUAGUUCAGCAAGUGAAGAUAUGGUUACUGUAGAAGCUUCGACUGUGUCUGUAGAAGUUACAGUAGCAGGCUAA